AUGAAGAAAAUAGUUAUCCAGAUGCAUAUGGAAAAUGACAAACUCAGAAGCAAAGCUAUGAAAAUAGCAGCAGCUUUUCAAGGCGUGGAUUCAGUGUCAUUAGAAGGAGAAAGCAGAAACCAAGUAGUAGUAACUGGAGAUCAAAUAGAUUGUGUUUGUUUGACUAAAAAGUUGAGAAAGAAAUUUUGUUCUGUUAAUCUUCUAAGUGUUGAAGAUGCAAAGGCUUCCUCUACUAGUGACGAGGGUGGUGAAGAACCAAAAGAUGUUGAAAUAAUUCCCACAUCAUUGGAAAAUUUAUCUUGUUGUGAUGAGCGAAACUAUCCUCCACCUUGUACCUUGUAUUACAUAGAUCAUGAUCCAUAUCCUAUUAGUUGCUUUUGGAAUAAGUUUGGAACUUAUGAUCUUAUUUACACAUAUCCAUGUUAG